AUGACGUCCGCGACGCUGGUCACAUUUAUCCUCGCGCCAAUUCUGGUAUUUGCCCUCUGGCACGUCACCGCGAACAGUGCACCCCCUGUGCCCUCGUUCCUCCGCAAUAAACGCAUUAUCCUGCUCAUUGCCCACCCGGACGAUGAAUCAAUGUUCUUCAACCCGACCCUGCAAGCGCUUACGAGUUCACAUCUUCAAAACCAUCUCAAGAUCUUGUGUUUGAGCACAGGAAACAGCGAGGGGAUCGGACAGACCCGACGCCUAGAACUAGAACAGGCGGGUGUGACUCUCGGCCUGCGACGGAGAGAAGAUGUCUUUGUACUCGAUGAUGAACGGUUCAAGGAUGGCAUGCAUGAAGAGUGGAAGCCUGAGGACAUCGCGCGCGUGCUGGCUAGUGCGUUCGCACCACAUCUCAAUGGGACCUCUCCGACCCCGGAGCAGCCAGACGCGGAGCGGGAGAAGGAGAAGAAUAAAGACCGGCGCAAAACGAAAUCAAAGCACACAAAGUCGUCCUCUUCAGGAGAGGCGGCAGCGAAGCCUCCUGUGCCUGCACAUCCCGAAGGCCCUUACGCAUCCAUCGACGUCCUCAUCACGUUCGAUCAAUACGGCAUCUCGGACCACCCGAACCACAAGGCUUUAUACCACGGCGCAACGUUGUUCGUGAAGAAGAUUAUGAAGGGUCACUCGGGCUAUGCCUCUCCUGUGGCGCUGUACACGCUCCCGUCUAUCAACAUCCUGCGCAAAUACAGCUUCAUUCUCGACUCCAUCCCCACGCUGCUGGGCGGGAUCUAUGGGACGAUUCUUGCGAAUGUAAUGGGCACCAGAGGAACGGCUAACAAAGAGGGUGCCGACCGUGUGGUAUUUGUGAAUGACAUUUCGCGGUAUUGGAAGGCGAGGGCCGCCAUGAUCGAGGGCCACAAAAGUCAGAUGGUCUGGUUUCGAUGGGGUUGGAUAGGUCUGGGCCGGUACAUGGUAGUGAAUGAUUUGCGGUCUGAGAAGAUCAUAGGGACCUGA